AUGGACAACCCUAUAUUGCACGAUGAGGAGAUCGCACCUAUCCCCAAUUCUCCCGCCGUCGAAUUACAGACAUCUGCGACCAAAACUGCAAAAGACUCCGACCCCUUCCUCGUGGAAUUUCGCCUGCCCUACGACCCUGAAAAUCCGCUAGAUUGGCCAACGGCGCGCAAAUGGAGAGUCACAGAUAUUCUGUCGGCCACAGGCUUCAAUCGGAUCAUGGUGUCAACGAUCAUGGCCCCGGCCCUCUCGACCAUCGCUCAGGAGCUAGACAUGAAUUCUACCGAGUCGGCUAUGUCCUUAUCAAUCUACCUCUUAGCCACCGCUUUUGGUCCGCUUUUCAUUGGUCCGCUAUCAGAGCUCUACGGGAGACAGGUAGUUCUACAUGCUUCCAACAUCUGGUUCCUCGUUUGGAACCUGGUCUGUGGCUUUGCGCAUACCAAAGGUACACUCAUCGCCGCGCGUUUCCUGGCAGGAUUUGGAGCUAGCGCUAUCUAUGCGCUUGCAGGCGGUGUUUUGGGGGAUAUAUGGAGGCCGGAACAAAGAGGUCGCUCUUUGGGUACCUAUUUGUUAAUUCCAUUACUGGGUGCGGCUGUUGGACCCAUUAUUGGAGGCUUUAUCACGGCACGUACAACCUGGAGAUGGAUGUUCUGGGCCACGUCGAUCUUCCAAACCGUCAUGAUAGCUGUCUCAUUCUUCAGCUUCCACGAGUCGUACGGUGCAUUGUUGCUUCGGCGACGUGCGGACAAUCUACGUCGGCGUACCGGCAACACCCAAUACUACACAGCAGCUGAGCGACUUGAUGGUAAUCGAUCGGCCAUUGGAAUUCUGUGGAAAGCCUUGACGCGACCACUGCGUCUCCUACUCUUCCAUCCUAUUAUCCAGGUCUCGGCCACCCUCUCGGGUCUCAACUACGGUAUAAUGUACAUCACGCUUUCCACUUUCUCCGAUCUCUGGACAUCUCAGUAUCACGAAUCUAUCGAGAUCAGCGGACUACACUAUAUCGCCUGUGCCUCAGGCGAGUUAGUUGCAUCGCAAAUCGGUGGGCCGUUGAUGGACUUUCUAUACAAUCGUCAAAAGAAUGAAAACCCAUCCCCUGAGUCUCGCCUCCGGCUCAUGUACCCCGGUAUUCUUGCCGCAUGGCUGGGGGUCCUUCUUUACGGAUGGGCCGCUGACUAUCGGCUAUUUUGGCUGGUUGUAGAUAUUGGAGUAGUGAUAAUGAUGUUCGGGAUGCAGUUGGGGGGCAUGCCAAUGAUGGCAUACGUGAUUGACACGUACGGAGAACACACGAGUAGCGCCCUAGCAGCGACACAAUUUGUCAAGAGUCUUACGGCUUUUUUGUUCCCCCUAUUUGCCCCGGCCAUGUACCAGGCUCUAGGUUUUGGGUGGACAAACACUGUGAUGGCCCUGAUAGGCUUGUCAAUUGCCGCCCCCCUUCCAUUCGUUAUAUGGAAAUAUGGGCCGAAGCUGCGGGCUAAGGCUAUCUCGACUUACUAA